AUUGGAUAAUUGAAGAAGAAAAACUGAGAGAGGUUAUUAUCAUCAGUUCUCUGUACUGUAUAGCUGAACAAAGAAGAUAAAAAUGGCAGCUUCUUCUUCAAUUACCACUACACUAAUCCCUUCUCUCGCAACUUCUGCUUCCUUUACGUAUAAAACGCCAAUAACCAAGCUCUUUUCCUCUUCUUCUUCCUUAUCUAAUUCUAUUAAUACCCUCAAACUCUCACCUUCAACAACCCGGGUUUUCGCUGCUCCUGAGACUCUGGACCCACCUGUUCAAACCCUUGAUGAACCCGACACUGAUACUUUUCAGAUUGGGGACUCUGAGACUCCCAGUGUACCGUCAAUCAGCAUUGCAGCAGAUGCAGACGAGCUGGCACCAAAGCAGAAAAUCAGAAUUAAGCUAAGAUCUUACUGGGUGCCUUUGAUUGAGGAUUCUUGCAAGCAGAUAAUGGAUGCUGCUAGGACUACCAAUGCAAAGACAAUGGGUCCUGUACCCUUACCGACAAAGAAGCGUAUCUAUUGUGUGCUAAAAUCCCCUCAUGUGCACAAGGAUGCAAGAUUCCAUUUUGAGAUCAGAACCCAUCAACGCCUAAUAGAUAUUCUCUACCCUACUGCCCAGACAAUAGAUUCAUUGAUGCAACUCGACCUUCCUGCCGGCGUUGAUGUGGAGGUCAAGCUCUGAAAAAGUAACACAAAGUUAGGAGUUGUAUUUUCCUAAGAAAAGCAAGCUAAGGAGAACUACUAUUCCAUUCAAGAUUGAAGAAGGUGUUGCUUGAACAAGAGUAGUAAAAGUGUUCCAUUUGCCCUCAUGAAUUGUAAGAAAUGUGUAAAAUUCACUGAUGCUGCUAAGAUAUUAGCAAUGAAAAAUAGGAACAAAGAGCUUUUUAGUUGUAUUAACAUUUUCUUA